AUGAGAACCAAUAACGGGGGAAGCGGUGAAUCACCGCUGUUUGGGAGCUUUGACAGUGGUGGUAGUAGGAGGGAGGGAACAGUGCAGAAUACCGCCCAUGGAGGGGUAGCACCGAGGCAUCACCACGUAAGCUGGGAGCAUGCCUUGCAUGACGAGCUGUAUCCAGUACUUUCCUGCUUGACUUCCACCCGCGGCGAACUACUGCAGCCACCGGGGCCGGGGGGAGAUGUCCGGCUCACGGUGCACCCUGAAGAACCUGCGAUACUUUCCCCAAAAGCAAAAAGGGGGCAAAAUUCGUACCGCGGUUCCGCGGUGCAGUUGAUGAGUCUUAAAGGGCCGCGAGGGGGAGCAAAUACGGAAGGGAAAAAAUACUUUUUAUUCAUUUACUUCAUCCCAAAAGGGACGAUCGCUGGGGCGGUGGAGACCAUCCAAUCCAGCACGGCGGUUCGAUCAUUCAUCGGAGGCGGGUUCCGCACUCCCGCGAGUGAAAGAAAAGCAGUUGUGCAUGAGCAGACUAUUGACUGA